GAUGAAAAUAAAUCAGCACGAAUCAAUAAUUGGACAAUCCUGUAUUCUCGUUCCAUAUUGUUCUAAACACGUCCAAAAAUACCAUGGUUGGAUGGAAAAUGAAGAAUUAUUAAUUGCAACAUCUUCAGAACCUUUAACUCUUGUGGAAGAAUAUGAAAUGCAAAAAAAGUGGCAAGAAGAUUCUGACAAGUUAACUUUUAUAAUAUUGGAUAAACAGACAUUUGAAUCAAAUGGUGGUGACGAUGAGAUUGGUUCUAUGGCUGGUGAUGUCAAUGCAUUUAUUUGUCAGCAAAACGAAGAAGAAGAUGGACCAACUUUUGAACUUUCUGUAAUGGUUGCUGAACAAAAAUAUAGAAAUAAAGGAAUAGCAAAAGAAGCUUGUUUAUUAAUUAUCAAUUAUAUUUUUAAAAGAAUUAAUUCUGCUUCUAAUUUUAUUGCAAAAAUUUCUUUAAACAACAAAUCAAGUAUUUGUUUAUUUAAAAAACUCAGAUUUAAAGAAGAAUCAUUUUCUGAUGUUUUUCAAUUAUUUACUUUUAAAUUAAAAAAUUGUGAAGCAAAAAAGAUUGAAGAAAUUCAAAAAGAAUUAAAAAUUGUUUAUUAUAAUUGAGAGGUUUGAAAUUUAUUAGAAAUUUUUUAAAGAUUUUUUGAGAUAUUUUUUUUGUAUUUUUAAUCAUUUUUCAGUUCUAAGCUGCUGUUGGCACAUAAGGCGGUGGUGGUGAACGCACAAAACUGCUUGUUUGAUUAGAUUGCCCAACUGGUGGUAAACUUGGCCUUCUAGAAACAGCAAUUGCUAAUCUUGGACGCCCACUGACCAUUAUUGCUUGGUUUGGAACUUCUAAAGAAGAAUAACGUGGAGGUGCUGGAGGAAAAAGAAAUGGAUCAAAAGGAGGAACAACAGUCAACAACAAAAAAAUUACCUGAAUGGAUGA